GUGAAUAACUAGAAGCGGACAGUUCACUUCACCAAUUUUGUCAAUAUUCUGUGGAAAACAAAAAACUGAUUCACAGUAGUAGAGGGGCCACAAUGAAAAAAGGGGAAUAGACUAUAAAUCUGAAGCACGAUAAAUUACUACCUUGUAAAUAUCAAACCAAAAUGUCCUUUUCACAGGGUAUAGAACUCUCAACCCAGAUAAAAUUGGGCUGUGUAACACAACACCUCUCAAGUACGGCACUCGUGAUGCAAGAUCGAUGGUGGGACCACUACCAACAGACUGCCCAUAUAGUAUUAGUUGUUCAUCUUUAACACCAUACUUCUCCAUGAGGCAUUUAUACACAGCAUCAAUGUCUGCGUAUGUAUUACAUUCAGUUGGCUGUUUCAAAAAGACUGUCCAUAGCCUGAGUAGUCAUAUCUAUCAGAUUCACGCGGAGACGGAGGGUAUUCUCCACGAGAGCUCGUACAUCUGACCUAAAUCAGCGGCGUUACCAUGGGAAUACAGCACUGUGGAAGUGGCCUUGGGGUGGCUGAUGUGCACCGCCACAAUCUCGUUUCCCCGGCGCGUCCUCAGCCUCAGAACAUCGGCACCCUCCCGCCAUGGAACCUCGGGUAUGCUAUGCGCUCCACCGCGUAACUCGUCUACCACCACCGUGUACGACGGCGGGGUCGGUGGAAAGAAGGCGAACUUAGCAGCGAUCGAUGACGUCACCCCACCCAUUCUUUUCUCCCCAGGCAGACAACACGACUAUGCCACUCUCUUUUGCAGCAGCUCAGAAACAUAUUUAGCAAAAUUCAUAUAGAAAAGCUUGCAACUUCUGCUUCGUUCUAGGUUUUAUCAACUCGUAUCAAGGGUCCAACAGCGUCAAUAGCGGUGGCUGGGAGGCGGCGCGUGCCGGGAAUAAAAUGAGUGGCGAGAGUGGGGAAAGCGAAAUAGAACUGCGGUUAUAUCAGUUACUCCCUUCUCUGCCUCAGAAGAAGUCUCCUUUUUAUUCAAUGAGUGUCGACUCCAAGGGCGAGGAAUGUCAGGAUCUCCAACCUUACGAGCAACCUGGCCCAUAACAUACAAAGUGUCCAUGUAAGUCCUGUUGAAGUACUUUAUGGCUUCCUCGGCUUCAUGUUCUGUCCUAAAUCCCACAAACCCAAAUUGCCUGCUCUUCCCCUCCCUGAACCAGCAUAAGCUUGGCAUCGGUAACCUCUCCUUUCUCCGAGAAGAAUUCUCUGAGGCGAUCCUCUGCAACAUACUUUGGCAGGUUUUUCACACAAAUACAAGACCUGUCGUAAAAAAUCCUUUGACUUCACGAAGAUUUGGUAUCCUAAAUAUCCAUUUGAAAAAAGAGAUGAAUAGAUAGGGCGAAAGGAAGGGCGCGUUAGCGAACUUAUUGAAAACUAAAGCAAGAUAGGCCUUCUGUUUUUCUUAGUUUCUUAGUAAAGGCACGUUAGCGCAUCCCCUUCUUGCACGUUAGCGCCCCUAUUUUUUAAUUGCAGGCAUCAAACGGAGCUUAAUCAUUCACCUGAUUGAGCUGGAGGUGUAAGAGAAAAAGACUUACAUGUUCGAGGAGACUACCGUUUUACUAUCUCAAGCAGUAACAAUACAAGGUCACCAAAUCGCCAAACACACCAACAUACAAUUUAGAUCACCAAUAACACAUGGCCUACAAUUAAAUCCAGCGUGAACGAGGUAGUUGAAGGUGUGAUUGUCGCAGUUGUAGGUGAAUUAGUUGUUCGAUGAAGGAAGCUUCUGGAGGUACUGAUAGGCUAUGGAUUUGAAGUUUCCGGCUCCGACGAUAUAUUACCGGAAAUAUGGAGGCCUUUAGCUUGAGAAAAAGGUCAUCAGGGUUUUCUCGACAUUCGGUUGGGCUUCGCUGUCUUCAAUUUAAAUUGGGCUUUUGUGAAAUAUGGGCCCAAACUGAACUAAAGCCCAGAGCUGAUCUCUACCCGACCCUUAGUAUUUACCGGAUAACGUUUUCGCUCUGCUAAAGCAUCUUUUAGCUUGCCUAAAAGCUUCAGACAGCAAACAUGGCUACCUCCGUUCUCCACUCGCCCUCCUACACCAUCUUCAACCUUCACCACCGGCAGCAGCAGCCGAAUUUUAAUCUGCUACCGCCCACCAAGUGGAAAAUUAGAUCAGCGGGUAGUAUUUCCGCUUUGGUCGCCGACGAUGAGACAUCUUCUGUUCAUUUGUCUACUUUUCCGCUCUUCCAACCCUCUGUUCCUCCCCAACCUACGCCUGCUUCUGAGUUGGAGCUGGCAGAUCCUGAUUUCUAUAAGAUAGGAUAUGUUAGGAGUAUGCGAGCUUAUGGAAUUGAAUUCAGAGAAGGUCCUAAUGGUUUUGGAGUGUAUGCCUCUAAAGACGUUGAGCCUCUUCGUCGUGCCAGGGUGAUUAUGGAGAUUCCAUUAGAAUUAAUGUUAUCUAUAAGUCAGAAUCUUCCUUGGAUGUUUUUCCCUGAUAUCAUACCAGUUGGUCAUCCUAUCUUUGAUAUUAUCAACUCAACCAAUCCUGAGACAGAUUGGGACCUGAGGAUGGCAUGUCUUCUUUUAUAUGCAUUUGAUUGCAAUGAUAAUUUUUGGCAGCUGUAUGGCGACUUUUUACCUAGUGCAGAUGAGAGUACUAAUUUUCUUCUUGCUAAAGAGGAGGACCUUUUAGAGUUACAGGACAAGCAACUUGCUUUCACAUUGAGAGAACAGCAACAAAGAGCUUUGGAAUUUUGGGAGAAAAAUUGGCACUCUGCUGUACCCCUUAAAGUGAAACGCCUUGCUCGAGAGCCAGAGAGAUUCAUGUGGGCAUUAAGUAUGGCACAAUCUCGAACCAUCAACAUGCAAAUACGAAUAGGGGCCCUAGUUCAAGAUACAAAUUUGCUUGUCCCUUAUGCCGAUAUGUUGAAUCAUUCUUUUCAGCCGAAUUGUUUCUUCCACUGGCGUUUCAGAGAUCGAAUGCUUGAGGUGAUGAUAAAUGCUGGGCAACGAAUUAAAAAAGGAGAUGAGAUGACUGUCAAUUACAUGGAUGGACAGAUGAAUGACAUUUUCAUGCAAAGAUAUGGAUUUUCUUCCUCGGUGAAUCCUUGGGAUGUUAUCCAGUUCUCCAGCAAUGCACGGGUUCAUUUGGAUUCUUUCUUAUCUGUCUUCAAUGUAUCUGGUCUUCCAGAGGAUUAUUAUCACAACAGUAAGCUAACUCAUGGUGGCGAUAACUUUGUUGAUGGUGCGGUUAUUGCUGCUGCAAGAACUUUACCCACUUGGUCAGAUGGAGACGUCCCUCCCUUACCAAGUAUGGAAAGGAAAGCUGUGAAAGAGUUACAGGAGGAAUGCCAUCAAAUGCUUGCUGAAUAUUCUACAACUGCGGCUGAAGAUCAGCAAAUUCUAGAGUCCAAUCCUGAGGCUAGGAGGACCCUUGAAGCUGCAAUAAAGUAUAGGUUACACCGAAAAUUGUUCAUAGAGAAGGUUAUUCAGGCACUGGACGUUUACCAAGAACGGAUGUUAUUCUAAUCAUGGAAGCAACUCCUGGCAGACCGAAUGCCUAGAUCAUCUUUAUGUUUGGAAAUACGUGUUGGUUGACCAGGAGGCGGGGAAGGAGAAUUGGCAUUGAGAGGUUGUCUUAUAACUUGGGUUUUUCGUAGUCUCUUUCCAUAUUGAAUGGGAAGCAUUUCUUUACAUAGAAAUCCUUGUAACCUGUACCAUUAUGUACCUGUGACAUUUAGAUGCACAAUAUCAACUCUGAUUAGUGUGUGCUAGGUUUUUGUGUUGAUUACUUUGAUGUAAUAGUAAUGUUGUGAUCUCUUGUUAUUCUUUGAUUAUGCUUUAGACAUAACUGGACACCAAAAGAUAGUACACCAAAAGAUGUUCUUUGAUUUGUCCUAAUUGAAUUAGCUUUGUCCCUAAGCCCCGCCGGGGGAAUAUACAUUUGAGAGCAAAAUGUAAUGGCAGGCGACAUUUGGUUCUAAUAGUAGCAG